AUUAUGUAUCCCAUUGAUUUUUGUACUACUGGCAUGUUCAUCAUUGGUUAUCGUCUCUUCCANGAUGACAUCUACCCUGCCCCAUCUGCUCAUGAUCAAACUCCUUUCUUGAACGUUCCUGGUGGUGCUGGUACUUAUAGUGCUUUGGGUGCUCGACUCCUCUCUCCAUCACCUCAAUCUAAACAGGUCGGUUGGGUGGUAGAUGCUGGUCAUGACUUUCCCGAGCCUCUGCGUGACAUGAUAGCUGCUUGGGAUACUGCCGUGCUGAUGCGAUGCCGCAACGGCCCGACAACAAAGGGCUGGAAUGGUUACGGCGCUAACGAACAUCGAGAAGAUCUGUCGUCUAGUUUGUUGACCGCGAAGUCGUUCCACCUGAUAUGCGCUCCAGCCCGUUGUGUUGAGUUGGUCGACGGUAUCAAGUCUCGCAGGGCCGCGCUCGAUCAGUCGCUUGACGAACCUCUCUUUAUCUGGGAGCCGGUACCGGAUCUCUGCGUGCCCGCCGAACUGAACAACACCAUCGAAGCGCUCGAACACAUCAAUGUCAUCAGUCCCAAUCACGCAGAACUGUCAGAUCUGUUCUCGGUCGUUGGGACCAAAGAGUGUGGUGAUGUGGAUCGUCAAAUCAUCGAGUCGUGUAGCAGCAAGCUGCUUUCCAGCGUGUCCAGCGAACGAGCAUCCAAGGUAUCGGUAGUUGUGAGGUCGGGCAAGGAUGGAUGUUAUGUUGGUUCGUCAUCCAAGCAAGCGUGGCUUCCAGCGUUUCAUGCACCGACCCCGGACAAAGUCAUUGACCCAACUGGUGGAGGCAAUGGAUUUCUCGGCGGAUUGGCGAUCGGUCUCGUCAGAACGGGUGAUGUGGUCGAGGCAUCCAAAUGGGGCAACGUAGCAGCGAGCUUCAUGAUCGAACAGAUGAAACAGCAGUUGGACAGUAGUGGUAUUGUGUCGCUGGUCUGA